AUGGAGCAGUUAUAUACUGUGUUUGAAGGGGUAAGGCGAAACAUAGUGUGCCUUGAAGAGGGAACAUGCAGUUGCAGAAAAUUUCAAAUGGAUGAACUUUCAUGUCCUUAUGCUUGGGCGGUUUUGAAGAACCAACAGCUAAAACCUGGCCAGUAUUGCUCUUUUUACUACAAGAAGGAUAAACUCCUUAGAACUUAUGAAUUUUUAGUGAAUCCGAUGCCAGAUGAGAGUUUAUGGGUAAUCCCAACAGAGGUGCUGGAAGAUGUGGUCCUACCACCUAAAGGGAGAAGGAAUGCAGGAAGGCCAAGAAAGGAAAGACUCAAACCUGCUUCAAAGAAAGAGUCUAAGAGGGCGUUUUCAU